AAAUAAAAUUCCCUUCCAACGUCAGCAAUGUGCAAUCACUUGAAUGAGUCACUCAUUUCGGUGUACAAGUCCAUGUAUGGUACCAGAAGUUUGUCCCAUUUGGAAUCAUUUUCAGCACCCAGUCUGGGCACACGGAGAGGACCUGAAUCGACCAUUUCACUUUCAUUUGUCCGACAGCUUUCAACUUUCAUCGAUCGUGCUUGACACCCCACUGCCGGGAGACAAUCUCCAUCUGUACUGAAAUAUGGACGUCAGAAAGGGACACUGCUGGCGCUGUGAGAAGCCACUACCCCAGAAACCGCUGAAGUGCCAUGGAUGUCCACUGGCUGAGUACUGCAGCACUCCAUGCAAACAGCAGGACAAAGUCAGGCAUGGCAGCGUGGAGUGUGAGGUUUUUGGGCCCAAGCGGUGUACUCACUGCCGCAAGAUGGGACAAACCAAAGAGUGUGCAGGUUGCAACAAUGCAUGGUACUGCAACACUAAGUGUCAGCGGGAUGACUGGGCCACCCACACGAUGUGUAGGAAAACCAAGAAGUCUUUGAAAGAGAUGGCACAGUUUUCAAGAAAAUGCUAUGCUGAGAUUUGGAAGCCUGAGUGGAGGAAUGGGGAGCCACCUGUCUACAUAGGCAACACCAUCGCCAAUGACUUUCUACGUCUGGAGGGGAAUGAAUGGUCUGGGCUGGCAGAGGUGGGAGAGGAAGAGCUCUACAGGGAUUACCAUGUGCUGUCGGUAGGUUGCGGCGACCUCAGGAACACUGUGCUGACUGUAGCAUCCUUGCCUGCAAGGUACCAGGGAAAGCUCCACAUCACUCUGGAUGACCUGGACCCCUUCGUGAUGGCCAGGAAUGUGAUGUUUCUCUUCAUGAUGGUGAGGUACGCAGACAGAGACGGCAUCGCAUCGUCCUUGGCAACCAUUUGGUACUCGGUCCACAUCUCCAGUGACCACUAUGAGCUCAUCCGGAAGGCACUGCAGGAUCUCCUGCAGAUCAGGGCAGACAACAUGCCUGACAGAACUGCAGGGUUGGUGAGAGUAUGGGAUGCCGACUGGAGCCACCUGCGUGAGGUGUGGGAGGGCUGGUUGGCGCUGCCAUGUCAGCGCAAAGCAAGCAACUCCAUCAAUCUCCACCAGCAAAGGUGGGAUACAUUCGGAGCGAACUUCUUUGAAAUUGGCUUCCCACAGUACUUGAUCCGGAUGCCAGACAAAGAUCUCAGGUUCAUGAGAGAAUGGAUCAAACAUGGCCUGUUCCUCUCAAAGGAUAUGCACCAGUCUCGCCUCACCUUCGACAACCCAACAUUAACUGGCAGGCCACCUGUGAAAAAUGUGUUUGCUGAGACGCGGCAGAAACUGAAAACACCCAAGGAGUACAGCUUUGUGUACAGCGUCAGGAAUGACCAAACCCCUUUUAAUGUUUGGGACUGCCUGAGGGUGGAUGAACAGACCGGCCAGCAGGGAUUAUCAGUCAUGGUCAGGUACCACGCAUACGUGACUCAGCUUCUGCAGAAGACCAUUCAGUUCAUCAAUCAGCAAAGGCUCAUCAUCCAUGUUUUCGUGGCCAACUGCCUCGAUUUUCCCAACUACCACCUCACUCUGAGGAUGCCAAAGUAUGACCGGAUAUUCACGUCCAAUCUUGCAGACUAUCUCGGACACUGCCGGCUUCUCAAGACAUUCGUGCCACUGCUGAACAGUAACAAUAAACACUCCACCAUUGUGACACAGACUAUGAACUGGAUUGCCCGUCUUAUGCGCAAGGCUGACAUUCUCAAUCAGUCACCUAAAGACAGCGCAAAAUACCAACAAAUGUGCCAGCAGGACACAGGUUUCAGUCCAGAACUAUCUAUGUCCGAGAACAAUCACGUUGAGUACUACAACAAUAUGCCCUGGUUCCUGGCCUAUCUUCGCACCGACAUCAUGGCAGGGGGAGUCGGGAUACCAGUUAUGGACCAUGCCCCAAAGCUCAGCGAAGUGAUGCAGUUCGAGGGGCUCCGGAUGCGCGACUUCAGGAAGGAGCUCAAUAGACUGGUACCCUUCCUAUACCGUAUCAACGCUCGCAAAGUAACACUGCUGAAUGGACACGAGAGAAAUGUGGAAUGGUGUCUGCCUGACCCUACUCAGGAGGAUUGCUAGAUCGUGAAAUGUUUGUGCAUGCACACUGUACAUACAGUAAGAGCUGGUACAAGUGGUACGUUUGCUACAUGUACUGGUACUAGUACGGGCACCGUACCAAACAUUGCUCCUCCACAUUAUCCCAAGGCAUGUUUUAAUCUACAUUGCAGACUGGUAGACGAUUGGUAGAUGAUGUUACUACACCUCAAAAAUACUCCUGAGCAAAUCAGAGCGCGUCAUUAGCCGAUUCCACCCUCGCAUCUGGGAAGUAGAAAUGAUACCCGACCAGGCGACGUCAUACUGGUGAGUAUCCACCUCACUGCCGAGCGGUAGUUUUUUUCUGGUAGCACCAAAAAAUCCCUCUCCGCUGAGUAAAUAUGUAGUCUGUGUCAUGUAAUCUUUAUGGAACCAGUCUGGAGUUGUAUCCUAAUAACUAUUACAGCAAA